AUGGCGACUCUUACUUUCUCAACUUCAUCUCUUCACACCAAAACCCUAACAAGAAAAUCCGUAGAACAUUUCCCCUGUAAAACCCUAAUACACCUUCCGAAGUCCCCCAAUUUUGAAUCUCUGAGCUCUGUCAUCAAACGGAAAACGUUAGUCGGUCCUCCGAUCAGAUCCACUACGACCACCAUCUCCGAGAGUUUAUCUACCACAACCGCCCCACAGACCCUCAAAUCUCGGCUCAAAAAUGGCGAGACUUUGUACGGUCUUUUCCUGCUCUCCUUCUCGCCUACACUUGCUGAGAUCGCCGGUCUCUCCGGCUACGACUUCGUUGUCGUCGACAUGGAACACGGUCCAGGCGGCAUCUCUCAAGCUCUCUCGUGUCUCCAUGCUCUCGCCGCAGCUCGUACACCGACGAUCCUUCGUUUACCUGACUCUGACGCAGCAUGGGCUAAGAAAGCUCUCGAUCUUGGACCUCAGGGUAUCAUGUUUCCCAUGAUUGAGAGCCAGAAAAUGGCGAAAAAAGCAGUCUCCUAUUGUAAGUUCCCACCAAACGGAGUCCGUGGCUCUGCUCAUACAGUCGUUCGGGCCUCCGAUUACGGAAUCGACAAUGGGUAUCUAAGCAAUUACGAAGAAGAGCUUCUGAUCAUGUGUCAGGUGGAAUCGGAAGAGGGAGUGAAGAAGAUUGAUGAGAUUGCAAGUGUUGAUGGAGUUGACUGCGUGCAGAUGGGACCGUUGGAUCUGAGUGCGAGCAUGGGGGUAUCUAUGGGACCCUGGGAAUAA